AUGCGUCUCCUACCUAUCGUAGCCGCGCUCACGGGUCUGCCAGCUGCGCUCUGUCUCCAGGAGCAGGCGCCGCUAAACCGCGGCCACGGCAAGCUCGACGGCGCCGCGGACAAGCACGCGCCACCGUACCGCAAGGCCCUGCUCGAUCUGCACCGGAACCUGGUCAGCAUCCCGUCCGUCUCGGGCGCCGAGUUCGACGUCGGCCAGUGGCUCGUCGACUACCUCAUCAGCCGCGGGUUCCGCGCCGACGUGCAGUUCGUCGCGCCGCGGGAGGGCACGCCUGAGGGCGCGCAGCGCUUCAACCCACAUCGACGUGGCUUCGUCGUCGGCGAGGAGGUCGCCGGCGACGGCAUGAUCACCUUCUCGGACGCGGCGCUGGCGCGCGGCGAGCCGGCCCCCUGGCACUCGGUCAUCUUUGGCGAGCCCACGGAGAGCAAGCUCGUGUGCGGGCACAAGGGCGCGCUCUUCUGCGAGAUCAAGGUGGCGGGGCAAGCGGCGCACAGCGGGUACCCCUGGCUCGGCAAGUCGGCCAACGAGAUGCUGGUCCGCGCGGUGGCGCGCAUCCUCGAGACGGACCUCGGCAGCUCCGAGCAGUACGGCAACACGACGUUCAACCUCGGGCUCAUGGAGGGCGGUGUCGCGGCCAACGUGGUGGCGGCAUCGGCGACAGCCAAGUUUGGCGCCCGCGUGGCGAUCGGUCCGGAGAAGGACGGCCACUUGAUUGUGAAGAAGAGAAUCCAGGCCAUUCUGGAUGAGGUUGACAAGGAUGCGUUUGAAAUAACCUGCAACCCCGGAUAUGGCACUGUCGAUUGCAAUUGCGACGUUGAGGGCUUCGAAACUCUCACCGUCAACUACGGCACCGACGUUGCGAACCUCAAGGGCAACUUUACGAGAUAUUUGUACGGGCCCGGUUCCAUCCUCGUGGCGCACGGCGAGAAUGAAGCGUUGACAGUGGGCGACUUGGAGUUGGCUGUUGAAAAUUACGAAAAGCUGAUUUUGCACGCGCUGAACAAAAAGUCAUAA